UUGCGACUCCCUGAAAGAAUCAUGAUGACUGUACAUGGACAAGAGGCCCCUCCUAAAAAGACCCAUUUCCGCUACAACAAGGUCGAUGUUUGGAUGGAGUUUCAGUGUAUUUCCUAUUUGCAUGGACCGUUUUCCGCUGCUCUGGGUCCGCGCGCGCGCGCGCGCCUUACUCUACGGUAGAGUGGGCGCCAACAACGCGCGGACCCAGGAUGUUACCGCAAGGAGUCGCCACCCCGACAGAGUUGACAAAAUCGCUGUUCCUGACGCCCCUCGUUGAGGGCCAGUUUUGGCUCACGGCGGCUGCUUUGCACCCUUGUUUCACCGCAGCCGUGCCGCUCGUGACAAAAUAACGCUGGCUUUCGUUGUGCAGUUUCUCAGGUAUUUGGUUGAUACCUGCUGGCUUUCACUGUGAAAUCUCAUGUUUUUGCAGUUCAGGGAACAGAUGCCUUGUGAACUCUCUGGACUUGACUCCUUGGAUUGCGACACAGGCGGUAUGUACUUUCAACGGUUUCCUGCAAGAUUCGGUGUUGGACUUGAUCGCCAACUUCAAUCUCAUCAUGGCAGGGCAGUUCUAUUUCGCUGCCGCAUCAACAUUCAUCAUGUUGACUUGCACAGUAGCCGAAGUGAUGCUGGCACGUCAAGAGAACUUGAAACAAGAACUGCAGAAGUCGGCCAUCAAAGGGUUCAAAACAGAACCAGUUCUAAGAAUGUUGAAGUUGGAACAGUGUUUUGACACUCCCUUUUCUUUCGUGUUGAGCUGCUAUGCUUGGACAUUUGCCAUUCGAAACACAUGUUCCCUUCUCAACGGCAUGGGCACUUUGCUGUCUGGAGUUUAUGGCCUGGCCGGCACCAUUUACUGGGUGGAAGAUUUGGACCUUUAUCGAACGAAACCCAAAUGGACACAACCAUAA